AUGCAGCUUUACAUUGGAGCAGUGUUCUGGACACUCGCUCUAGCCCGUGCUGUCCCUCCUCAAUACAUCAACUUUCCCUCUACCGACAAUAACCACGAUGCUUUCAACGGUCAUUUGCAUUCAUUUGACCUCCGGAGCGCUGAUCAGUUUCAACGGAACAUAAGCAUUGUCGGCCUGUCUGCCUCUGCCUCCGCGAACCGGCCUUUCGUCGAGUACAACUUCAACCUGACCGCAGGCCCCUUUGCCCCCGCCGCCUAUUGUCACGCCUCCAUCUCCACCCCUGAUGCAAACAACCUCCUUACCACGGACUGGAUUCAAUGUGACCUUCCGCCGUUGGAUUCAACCGACACCAAGUCGGACGACAAGGCCACUCCAACCUCCUACAGCCAAUACCAAGGCUCGAGCAAGGUCCGCAGAAUCGCUGCUGCAAGCCGAAGCGAAGUUUCCCGAGCCUCAACGGCCUUCAGAUGGACUCAAAACCCUGAAGGAAGCGCCACCCUCGAUGUUGACUCGAACAUCACCGUAGCCAGGGACGGCGACGGCAACAGCAGAGGCGUCAUCAUCCGCCAGCAGGCUGUGUAUGACAUCCCGGCCGAGGAUAUCGUUGGCCACGCCGAGUACCGGGGACCACAGGAGGUGGACGCUCGGGUGCAGAAGACGGAGAUCUGUGACGAUGUGGAUGGGAGCAAGACUUGCAACGAGAUUGGCAAUGCUGCAUAG